AUGACGGGUCUGGACCGGCGGCGCCGCGCGUCUCUGGCUCUCGCGCUGAACCUGGCUGCGAUGCUGCUGGCCGUUUCCGCGCUCGCCACGAGCCACUGGUGCGAGGGCACGCGCAAGGUGGCGAAGCCUUUCUGCACGGGGCCCGUCCCGCUCCGGCAGACGCACUGCAUCCGCUACAACAGCACGACCGGCAGCAACGACAGCCGCCUGGUGCAGUACGUGUGGGCGACCGGCGAGGACAAGUUCGUCCUGAGGAGAUUUCACAGCGGUAUAUGGGUCUCCUGCGAGCAGAACAUCGACCUGAUAGGUGAGAAAUGUAGAAGUUUUAUAAACGUCGCACCACCUCAUGAGAGAGGGGUAUUGUGGCUGUGUAUUGUGGCUGAGUGUCUGUAUAUUCUUCUCCUAUCCACUGGGGGAAUCCUCAUGUCCAUCGAGGUCUGCCAUUUUGGGAAUGUCAUUGACGGCCUCAAACUGAAUGCCUUUGCCGCCAUAUUUACCGUCUUGUCAGGCCUUCUUGGGAUGGUGGCGCACAUGAUGUACACAACAGCAUUCCAACUUACUGUAAGCAUGGGCCCUGAGGACUGGAAACCCCAGAGCUGGGACUACAGCUGGUCUUACAUCUUGGCCUGGGGCUCUUUCACUGCCUGCAUGGCAUCCUCAGUGACCACCAUCAACAGGUACACCAAGACCAUCCUGGAGUUCAAGCACAAGCGGAGGAACAUCGAGAAGAAUCUGAAGAUUAAGCAGAAGCUGCUGGACCUCGACUCCCCAGACCAAGUGUGGGACAUGUACAUCAGCUCAGUCCCCAGCACAGCCGAGGAGCUGUUGGACCUGUCCAGCUCGGCCCGCAAACUCUCCAACAACUCGGUUUUCCUGGACCUCAACGACAUGCCUGAGCAGCAGGGAGAGGAGUACUGUUGAAUGUUACCUUCCCCAGCACUAAAACUGCCCCCGGAAUACAAUACAACCCACUGCCGCUUGGCACUGCCACAUGCUCUUAAUGAACUGAACCUGGCCUCAUCUUAUACUGAGGGCUGUGACCCGGGAGAGCCUUUUAUCUGGCUUCUCCACAGAGAUUAACUGACUGAAUACUUUAAACUGUUUUUUUAUGUACUGUGCUGUAAUGUUUGCUGAAGGUGACACUGUGGUUAUUUAUUGAUUUUAUAUUUAUGUAUAGAUAUUAUAUGUUUAAGUAUGAACCUCAUUUUGGCACAGACAUUGGAAUAUUCUUCAAAAUUCUUGCUUAAAGUUGAUAAAAAGAAGGAGAAAGGCAUUAAAACUUUUAGGAACCUUUUCCAUCUAAUUUAAAAUCUUGUCACUUUGUAACUAAACCACAAAGCUCUAAAACGCUAACUAUACAAGACAGAAAAAAACGUUUUUAACUUUAAAGUGCGUUAAUUUUAUUCCUAGUCAUUUUGGAUGCCUUCGGUUAGGGAAAAAAUACAUGAUAGCGACAAUACGCUAAUACUUAGACACUUUCCCAGGAAAGUGAGUUGAGUUUCUCAAGAUUUAAUCAGUUCUGAAUUUUCUUUCUUUUAAAGUGAUUUGAAAUGACACAUGCCUGUUUUCUGUUGUCUACAUAUACAAAUUAUAUUGAGUGCCUUUGCUUGUGCUUCUGAUGUUGGUUCUGUUUAACCUUGGCAUGCUGAUAACUGAAUGGACGUUUAUUUGACAGUAAUUUACCAGUAUUUCAGUUGUACAUGUAAUUCAUAACACCAACACCAACCAAAUUUAUCCACGAAUACUGGCACUGGACCAAUCUUGUACCUAUUUCUUUCCUACUUUAGGGGAAGAUAUUAGUUUGCUUUUGUAUACAGCUAAAAUAUAUAUAUAUAUAUGGAGCAUCCAUCUAAAAUGUAUAGUGAAAAUUAGUGGGGAUACACUUCUAAAAUGCAUUCAACAGAGUGCACUAAUUUUAUUGUAAUGUAUCAUUAUGUGACUGUGAAAUGCUGUUAUAUUUCUACAUGAGUACCAAGAUAUAUAUUAAAGCUGUUUGUAAUCAAGUCACUGAAUUCAUGAAUUUAUUAGCUUAAGUGUGCACAGGCUUAGACUUAGCUGAACUAUAAAAGGGGUAAAUAGGACAGGAUGACAUUCUUAUCCAGUUCAUCUGUACUUGAAUUUUUUGAAUCUCUGUUGUCAUGCUUAACCGACCUUGUGUAGAUAAACAUUUUUAAAUGAGGUAAUACUGCAUAAUGACUUUCUAGCUGAUCAGAUUGUUUGGGUGUCUGUGCUACCAAAACAACUGUUUACAUUAUUAUGUGCCACAUCUGUGAAAUGCAUCAUCAAAAUACAUUUAACAAUUAUGAACAACACUGUUAGCUCUUUGUGUCAGCUAAUAGCAGACUGUUCAUUUCUUCUUGUUUACAAGUCUUUAACAUGGCUAUCUUUUGACCACAUUUAACAAUCAUGAACAACCCUGUUAGCUGUUUGUAUCAGCUUAUAUCAGACUGUUCAUUUCUUCUUUUUUUACGAGUCUCUAACAUGGCUUUAUUUUGAACUUACAUAA